GGCGGCGACAGCAGCUACACCAUCUACGAGCUCAUCUCCAAGAGCAAGUACACCACCAAGUUCGCCAAACUGGUCGACGAGCACCCGCACGUCGUCGACGUGCUCAACAGUACAAAGGCCAACUACACGCUCUUCGUGCCCAUCGACAAGGCCUUUGAGGACAUCCCGGAGGACCACAAGAAGCCCAGCAAGGAGUUUAUCGAAAGCGCCCUGCUCUACCACGUCGGGCUCGGCGAGUAUCCCGCCCGCAGGAUCCUGCACUCGUACACGCUGCCCACGGCCCUUGACGAGGAUCUGCUCGGCGGUGAGCCCCAGCGUCUCCGUGCCUCCGUCGGGCUUGGUGGAGUCAAGCUCAACUUUUACAGCAAAGUCGUUGCCGCUGACAUUGCAGCUAAGAACGGCAUCAUCCACGCUGUCAAUCACAUCCUGGUUCCGCCCCCAUACGUCGGCCGCAUCAUCACGCUCUUCCCCGACCGCUUCUCGACGCUGCUGCUUGCGUACGAGAAGACGGACUUUGUCAAGUUCAUCCACGGCGUCAAUCUCAAGGGCAGCACCGUCUUUGUUCCCACCAAUGAGGCCUUCCACUGGCUGGGCCCCAGGGCAAACGCCUUCCUCUUCAACACUGACAGGGGUCGCGAGUACUUGAAGGCCAUUCUCAAGUACAACAUUGCGCCCAACGCGACGCUCUACACUGAUGCGUUCUACGAUGAGACGGACAGCAAGCAGCAGCAGAACGCGCCAGUCCAUGAGAGCAGGACCGAGCACUACGACUUGCCCACGCUGCUGGGCGAGGCUCACAUCAGUGUGGACAUUUCCCGCAUUUUCGGCUUUGCCUCGAUCAAGGUGAACGGCUUUACGCGGGUUGUCGUCCCCAAUGGCGUGGCCAAGAACGGCGUCAUCCAGGUCGUGAACCGAGUGCCUCUGCCUCCUCACAAGGGCCAUGGCGGCCAUCAGUCAGAGAAUGAUGGCGGAAUCGAAGUCGAGGACCUCAUCAGCAGACUGGAGGACUGGGUCUGA